AUGGAAGAUUGUUAUAAUAAAUUGCAAGCUGUCUAUUCGCGUUUCGGUUUGGAUAAAAAGCCACAGAACAUCUUUAAUUGUGAUGAGAUUGGUUUUCAAACCGAUGCAGGUGUCCAGAAAGUGUUGUGGAAAAGGGGUAGCCGAAAUCCAAACAAAUUAGUCGGUAGCGUCACAAAAGCUACGUACACGGUCCUUAUAUGUUGCAAUGCUGUUGGAGACUUCUUACCAAUGUUUAUCAACUACAAAGGACUUCACCUGUAUUCCACUUGGUGCGUGGACGGACCGGAGAAUUGUUAUAAUUGUUCACCGUCUGGUUGGAUGGAGUCCCUUCAGUUUUUUGAUUGGUUUACUAACUGUUUUAUUCCUUCAACUUCAGAUUUACAGGAUACUAAGCUUCUUAUUUUGGAUGGGCAUAACUCACAUUUAUCUUUGGACUUGAUAGAAACAGCCGCAAAACAUAAUAUCGAAAUAUUCUGUUUACCAGCUCACACGUCCCAUUUAGUUCAGCCUCUGGAUGUUGGCGUUUACAAAUCGGUUAAGGCAUCUUGGAGAAAAAUACUUCGAGAUUUUUAUCAAGAAUCGGGUUACAAAAAUAUCGAUAAAAUUGUAUUCCCUUCUUUAAUGAAAAAAUUGGCCAACACUCCAAGUUUGUCCAGAAGUAAUGCGGUAGGUGGCUUUGAUGGGUCGGGCAUUUACCCUUUGUCUUUAGAAAAAAUGACAAAAGAAUCUCAGAUGGCACACAUUGUUAACGGUGAGGAUUCUGCUCAGAUGCCAUCCACAUCUUCUGGGGACUCAGGCGAAAAUGGCCAAUUGCCGUCGACAUCUUACAACAUAAUAAGGAAUAAAAUAUCAGAACAGACACCCUGUCCUUCUACACCAGAAGAUAUUAAAACAAGUUUAGCAAAUUCAAUUUUGUCAGUCCUAAGGACUGAAAACACAAAAAAAUCGACCGUUAUUAAAAAAAACAGAGUAAACAGAAAAUUUGCUGAAAGCCUAACAGACAAAGAUGUUUUAAAAAGACUUCGUGAAAAGGAAGAAGAAAAACAAUCUAAAAAAAAAGCAAAACCAAAAGCAACCAUUGGCAAACAAAAAAAGAAAAGAAAGGCACAAGAAUCACAACAACCUAGCUCCAGUUCGUCAGAAAGUGAGGUAAUUUAUGAUGAUAACAGUGACAAUGAGCCGGAAGAUUUUGAAGAUUUGAUCACUGCAGAAAAUGAACAAGUAGAGAAUGAGAUAAUUGAAGAAGAAGGAGAAAAUGGGGUAAUUGAGGCUAAAACAAACAACAGUCAAAGAAGUACUCAUGCUGACAUUCAAAACGUUAAACUUGGGAAUUGGGUGGUCGUUAAAUAUCCUGGGAAAAAAGAUAUCAUUCAUUACAUAGGAAAGGUUGUACAAGUAAAGGAUGGCGAUAUUAAGGUUAACUUUUUACGUAAAAAAGGUUUGUAUUUUGUAUAUCCUGAUGUUGAGGACACAGAGUCGGUAUUAUUAAAUGCAGUAGUUGCAAUUAUUGACGAACCGGCGAUAAAUAGAGGAAUGCAUUUUUUUAAAGUGCCCCACAUUAGUGGAGUUACCAAAAUUUAUUAG